CUUCCGAACGUUAAAACCCCACAAUGGCUAUCCCAACAGUGCUGCUACUCUCUUUCUUACUCCUCUCAUUUUCCUCCGUCGUUAUUUCCGACGAUGAGGAUUGCGUUUACUCGGUCUACGUAAGGACCGGAUCCAUCUGGAAAGGCGGAACCGAUUCCAUCAUCGGCCUACGACUCUACGACGCCCACGGCCAUUGGGUGGAGAUCGCCAACCUCGAAUCAUGGGGCGGCUUAAUGGGUCCGGGUUACAACUAUUUUGAGAGGGGUGAUUUGGAUAUUUUCUCUGGCAGAGGACGUUGCUUGGAUUCCCCUGCUUGUGCAAUGAACUUGACCUCCGACGGCUCGGGUCCGCACCACGGCUGGUACUGUAACUACGUCGAAGUCACCAUGACCGGCGUCCAUACACCCUGUAGCCAGAUGCAGUUCACGGUGGAGCAGUGGUUGGCCACCGACGCACCACCUUACGAACUCACCGCCAUCAGGAACUACUGUCCCUCGGAAUAUCCCGAUGGUCGCCGGCACCGGAAGUCUAUCUCCAGCGUGUGAUGUGCUUUCAUAUUUAAUUAUUACCUUAUUAAUAGUAAUGAUUAUGACAUUAAUGGUGGUGAUGAUCGUUCGAGGAUAGGUGGGAUGAUCAUGAUUUUCUUCUAGAUCCGCAGCAGUUACGUCCAGUAAUGUUUGUCGUGUAAUGUGACAUUUUGGAUUAAGUAAUUAUUAUUUAUAAUAAG